GUAUGGUCAUUUCAGCUCUACCUUUCUCUGGAAAUCACUAGUCUCCAUUAACUUCAUUAACGAAAUCAUAUUCGCGCCAUCGAUGCGAGCUCCCUCGUUAAAAGGUGAAAUGGAAAGAACAGACUUUCUUACAUGAUUGCCAGUUGAUUGUUGCUGCUGUUUGUCUGAGGAAAAUCCAUUGGUUGAAGAUACUUAAAAAGCACACAAUAACAAAACGAACGUGGGAUACAAAUAACCAGCUAUUGCAACGCCUACGACGUAUACUGAUUUUAUCUCGACGACUGCAUCACCGAUUUAUGACACAACUCGAACGUGUCAAACAUUUACUGACAACUUGACGGGUUCAAAAGUCAUCAGCGCUUGGAUAUUAGUCAACCCACUUGGGUAAAUAUUUCAGUACAGGAUUAAUCAUGUACGUCGGAAUGGACCUGUCAAUACAGCAGGUCGAAUUACGAGUAAGUAACGGGCUUCAGGCUGUUAUCAACUCUUACCACAUUCUGGUCCACAUCUCGGCUUUGACAUUGAAAGGAUUUGUUGAGUGCCAUUGAGAGUUGCAUGCUGAUUAUGCAGUCCUUUGUGUGAGUUGGCAGCGAAUAGAAUAAAAAAUGGUAACACGUGAUCCACCUCCGAUUUCCAAGAAUCGUCCGAACAAUUUGACCGUGAUUCCUACGCAUCCCUUGUGCUUCAAACGACCAUUUAUUUCCAGAUUCUUGGCCAGCAAUCUGAAGCCAUCAAGGAGGAAGCCGAGCUAAGGAGGUAAACUGGCCACAGGAAAAUUUGUGCAUUUCGAUCGCGUUGUUCGUCCGUCCUGAACCCAAGUAUAUGGCAUUCAAACCAGCUUACAGUUUGCUCGGUAUUUCAUUUUAAACGGCUGUGCGAAGACGAAAGGAUGGGACGUAAUUUUUCCGGCAUAAUUCGAUCGUUUCUUCUAAUUUUGGCGCUGUCUACGUACUGUCUUACGGCUGCUCCACCUGAUCUGCAAGCAAGAGUUGAAGAACUUGAGAAAAACUAUGUGAAACCAGGUGCAUAUCUUAUCUUGAUGGAACAUUUGGCAGACAAAAUUGUUGAUUUGGAGACAAAAGUCGGUCGACUGGAAGCUAAAAUUGAAAAACAGGAUUCACUUUUGGCUGUUCUGAAGAAAGGACAUAAACCUUUGAAAGAUAACAUCGACAUCAAUCAACAUCGUCGUCAGAACGCAACUCUUCGUACUUGCCAUGAAAUCCACGUCGCAAAUCCGUCGUACCCCUCCGGUAUGUACUGGAUCGAUCCAGACGGUCAAGGCAUCGGUGAUCCACCAAUCCACGUCCAUUGCGAUAUGGACGGAAAAGAGGCGUCUAGAUAUGGCAAAACAUCCAUUUUGCACGACAGCGAAUCGAAAAUGGACAUUGGAAAUUGCACAGAACCUGGAUGUUACUCGAGGCCAAUCAAAUAUUAUGCGAGUGAUAGACAAAUCCAAGCGUUGAUUCAAUUGUCCCAUGGCUGCUCACAAACCAUUUUGUACUAUUGCAGGAAAUCGCCAUUAAACCACAAGGGGACAGCCUACGCUUGGUGGUUCGACAAAGACGGCAAAAGACAAGAAUUUACCAAUUGGUUGACGGCGUGCGACAAACUCUCUGAAGAUGCAGAAGGCGGUUACGUCACAGACAAGCUGCCGUUCACUCGCUUCCAUUUUAGCAACCCGUUUAAGGGCUCCGGUCAACACGAAGUGUCUCGGUUAGAAUGUCUGGGAAAGGCGAAGACGGAGGCAAUGCCGAGAUCGUGUAAAGAUUUGUGGCGAAUAGGACACACUCUCAACGGAAUCUACUUAGUCAGAGGAGAUAAACGAGUGGAAACUGUUUUCUGCCAAUUCGAUAAACGACCGAAUGAACAAGAUUUCCAGAAGAGGAUUGGAUAUCAAGACAUAAAAACAAAGCCAAUAUACUUCUACGUACAGAAAGACAAACAUUUUUCGGCAAGAGACGUUCCACUUCCGUUUGAGCGUAGCGUAAUCAACAUUGGAGGGGCCAUGGAUUUGGCAAGCGGCGUAUUCACAGCACCCGUCAACGGAAUCUACUUCUUUUCGUUUGCUGGACUCGCGCAAUUUCCGGAGGGUCCAAAUCCAGUGCAAAGGGAACUAGGCGCUAAUCUUUAUAAAAAUGGUGAAAGAGUAGCAGUCAGUCAGGUUAACAAAGGCCACGUCGUAUAUCCGGAUAAUCUAAGUCCAGUCACCCUUCAAAGUACUAUGUCUUUGCAAGCCGGAGACAAAGUAUGGAUCCAGUUUUAUAUUGGGAAAACUGGGGGGUUUCUACACAACAUCAGGCAUGCUUUGCACCCGGGUGGACACACGCAUUUUAAUGGGUUGCUUUUAGAAGAAGAAGUCUAAGCAAAACGCAAACAUUUUCCAUCACACUCCAGUUUGGCAGCAAAUACUACGACCAUAAACAGAAGGCAUCAACGGUCAUAAAACGACCUUCAAUCCCAUUAUCAAUGUAGUUUCAGAUUUCUGUAGAGACAUUAGAAGAUUAUUGUCGAUAUCUUAGUGAUCAACAUAAUAAAAAA